AUGAAAACGGAAGCAUCGAAAUGUAAGGCUAUAAAGUUCGACAUGAAAUCGGCUGUCGGCACAACAGCAAUUUGGGUUUAUAGCGGCUCAACAGUCGGCGGUUACUUAAGCGGCCAAAACUUCACACUAUCUGAUGUUAUCGAAACAUGGAUCUAUCAGCAAGGGUUCCCAUUAUUACAUGUUCGCAAGCGCUCCGAUGGGAAAGUGCAAGUCACGCAAGAAAUUUACAGGCAUGAACCUGGUCAUAAACGCAGCAAUGUUCAGUGGAAAAUACCAUUGUUUUUGCGUGAUCCAGUAACAUUGAAGCCUGUUGUGCAGUGGUUAGUGGAGAAUAGUACGGGUAAGAAAUCAGAGCUAUUACUCUACAGCUGAGC